AUGCGCGCCGUCCUCCUCCUCCGCCUCGCGCUCUCCGCCGCUUCCGCUGUCCGCGCCGCGCCGCCCUCGUUCGGGACGCUCGUCUCCUGCCCCUCCGCCUCGUCGCCGUGUCUCUGGAUGGGCGAACACGGCCGCCUCGUGUCCGCCGCCACGCUCCACACCCAACUCGUCCGCCAGUCCCAACAACACCAGUCCCAGUCACCGUCACAGCAGUCCCAAGAACGUCCCAACUCGUCCCCCACCACUGCCACUGCCGCCAACAGCCGCCGCAACCUCCAGACGCACAUGGCGUACAUCGAAGACGUCCACGUCCUGGCGACACGCGCGGGCCACGCGUUCCCCUACCGCUGGGGCGUCACCACGCGCCACCUGCGCGCGCCACCGCACCGCCGCCUCUCACCCCACGCGCUCGUCACACAGGAGCGAUCCUCAGCGCAGAUCCGCCGCCGCCUCGUGGCCGCCCAAACGACGACGCCGAACGCUACGACGUCUGCUGCUGCUGCUGCUGCUGCUUCGCGCCGCAAUGCAACAACAGACUACUGGAACUGGUGCGACGCGCACAACGCGUUCGGCUACAGCGUCUGCUCGUCGGUCAAGAGUCAGCAGAACUGCGGCAGCUGUUGGGCGUUCGCAGCGGCCGACGCGAUCGAGACAGCGGUCGUGAUCGCAGAGCACGCGUCGGCCGCUGUCUCGCUCUCGCCGCAGCAGUUCCUGACGUGCAGUACGCUCGCGACGACGCAGACGUUUGCCUAUUGCUGGGCGACCGACAAGGGCGUCGACGGCGCCGCGUGGAUGGAGCCCGAGAUCAAGUGGGAGUCGCAGAACAACGGCUGCAACGGCGGCAUGACGCACGGCGCGUUCAUUGACGCGGCGCAGAACCACUGGGGGCUCCUCACGGAGCUCGCCAUGCCCUACGACGACGCCGUCCCGAGUCUCGAGGCAGCAGCUGCGGCCACGAACGCCUCGUCGGGCUGCGCUGUGGACGCGAACGACACGGCCGCGAGCAUCACGGGCUGGGAACAGAUUGUCGGCGUCGACUGCGCCACGUCGCGCGACUGCAACGCGCUGCUCCGCACAGCGCUCGAGCGGCAGCCAAUUGCAGUGGCAAUCAACUCGCAGGACCCGUUUGGCGAGUACGCCGGCGGCUUUUACCGCUGCCCGAACAAUGGCGAGUUGGCGUCCAAAGACGACGUGAACCACGCGCUCGUGCUCGUGGGCUACGGCACGGACGCAGUUGAAGGCGACUAUUGGAUUUUGAAGAACUCGUACGGCAGUGCGUGGGGCGCCAGUGGCUUUAUGAAGCUACUGGCCGACACGAAGGUGAACUGCGGGCUCAAUAUCUUUCCUGUGAUUCCGACGGGUGCGUCGGCGGGCGUUGCCGCGACGACGAGUAUCGACAGUGGCGGGGCAAAGGUCUUUGUGGGCUUGAGCCCGUCGUCGUGGAUUGCAGUUGCAGCGGCUACGACGGCUUUUACAGUCGUGACCACUGCCAUUGGCAUUGCCGUUUCGCAGCGCAAGAUGCACUCGAUGCGCAAACAAAAGAUGGCAAUGCACGCGACGCGAAGAAACGGAUAA